AGGGUCUCGUUUCCUUCACUUAAUAUCAAAAUGCCUUUAACGUUUGAGCUGUGUCCUGGCAGAAUGAUCGGAGGUUCCAACCCCUGCUUCAUCAUCGCAGAAAUUGGACAAAACCACCAGGGAGACGUGGAGAUUGCCAAGAAGAUGAUCAAAAUGGCAAAGGACUGUGGAGCCGAUUGUGCCAAAUUCCAGAAGAGUGAAUUAGAGUGCAAGUUCAACAAGAAAGCCUUGGAGCGUCCUUAUAACUCCAAACACUCCUGGGGUAAAACUUACGGUGAACACAAGCGCCAUCUGGAGUUCAGCCAUGAGCAGUACAGGGAACUGCAGAAAUAUGCCACAGAGGUGGGGAUCUUCUUCACCGCCUCAGGAAUGGAUGAGAUGGCAGUGGAGUUCCUCCAUGAGCUGAACGUGCCUUUCUUUAAAGUGGCAUCUCUAGACGCAAACAACUUCCCAUAUCUGGAAAAUACGGCCAAAAAAGGACGUCCCAUGGUGGUGUCCAGUGGGAUGCAGUCCAUGGAGACGAUGCGUCGAGUUUACCAGACUGUUAAACAGCACAAUGAGAACUUCACCAUCCUGCAGUGCACCAGUGCCUACCCUCUAGAAGCUGAAGACGUCAACCUCAGAGUGAUCACAGAAUAUCAGAAGGAGUUUCCAGAUAUUCCCAUCGGUUAUUCUGGUCAUGAAAUUGGUAUCAGCAUUUCAGUUGCGGCCGUAGCUAUGGGUGCAAAGGUCGUGGAGCGCCAUGUGACGUUGGACAAAACGUGGAAAGGAAAUGACCACUCAGCCUCACUGGAGCCCGCUGAGCUAGCCGAGCUGGUCCGAUCCAUCCGACUGGUAGAGAGAGCGAUGGGGACCGGCAUUAAACAGAUGUUACCGUGUGAGAAGCCAUGUCAUGACAAGCUUGGUAAAUCAGUGGUGGCCAAGGUAAAGAUCCCUAAAGGAACUGUCCUGACUCUGGACAUGCUGACAGUGAAGGCGGCUGAGCCCAUGGGUGUCCGAGCUGAGGUCAUUUUCCAACUGGUUGGAAAGUCGGUGACACAGGACAUAGAUGAAGAUGAGAGCGUUGUGCCAGAGAUGGUGGAGGGCUACAGCAAGUGUUGAUGCUGGAAAUGGGGUAAAUUGGUUAGAAAUAAAAAGAAUUGAUGGGAAACCUCAUCAUAUUUGUCUGGGGGUCAUUCGGAAUGAGGGAAAGUUGACACAUGCAGGAACGCUUUGGAUGUUUUGAUUCUCUCUGAAGCCAUGGAUGGAGACAAUUGGACUGUGUGUUGAGUUUGCACAUGAUCACAUAACGAUCAUGGGAAUUACUUCCUCCUUUUUUGUUUACUUUGCCAAAGCGUUUAGAAGUUCAUGAAAAGUGCCUUCAUGCACAUUUUCACAGACUGUUUACUAGGCCCAAAGUUAUUUGGCAUUAUAUUUUUGCAUACUGAGUCACUGAGUCAAUGUGAUUUUGAAUGUCAACUGGAACCUCUGGUCAUACAAAGUGUGGUUCUCUGUCUCUUGUUUAUACACUAUUGUUUGCACACAGGUAAAACUAAUCUCAUGUUUACUGGUACCAGUCAGUGGCAUUACUGGUGAUCUUGGCAUCAUCAUAAACUGGACUCACUACACUCUUAAUUUGUACUGGAUGAAAAUUGUUUACAUAUACUUCAAAAUGUUGAGUCU